ACAAUUUUGAAUCACAAGACACAAUGGUCCAUUGCAUAACAACCUUAGUACUCGCGUUUCUACUUAUAACGAUUAGUAGAACAUUAGCUGCUAGAGUUUGCAGUUCGUCUGCGGAGAACUGGCAAUCGAGCAUAGGCCUCCUUAUUUCUCCCAUAGCCACCGAUCCGCUUAUGCACGAGAUCGAAAUUUACUGGAACAAUGUGAAUCUCCAACCCGAAGAAAAGAUCGUGCUUUUGGACACGAGUCGUCCAAACUCUCCGGUUGUGCUUUACCAUGUGACAUCCGGUGGGUCUAGUGGUUUGGAAAAAACGGGGAUACAGGCGGAAUUUGUACCCAGCACGGAACUUUCGUUCGUGCAACGAUGUACGAAAUACAGUGUAGCAUUGCAAACAGCGAUCGGUGAUUUAAAGGAGACGAACUGUAUGAAGACGCAGCCGACGUGGAUGAAGGAAAGACAGGACAUAUUGGGUCCUCGCAAGAUCAGCCAAAUUUUUCUUCCUGGUACACACGAUUCCGCGUGCUACACGGAAAAUCAGAAGGGCAACUUCAUCACGAACCCAGCUGUGACACAGGAUAUAGACAUUCUGGGUCAAUUGAUACACGGUGUACGGUACUUGGACAUCAGAGUGGGUCAUUAUCCUUUGUCGAACGAGAUUUGGUGGACUAAUCACGGUCCCUUCUAUCGAUCAGUACCGUUGAAAACAGUCGUGGAUCAAGUGAAACAGUUCCUCGAUUACACAGACGAAAUUGUGAUACUGGAUUUACGAGAAUUUCCCAUUGGAUUCGAUGGUAUAGCCACCCAUCGCAGGCUUGCGUCAUUUCUAGAGGAUGAAUUUCAGGAUUAUUUCCUAACAAACGGUUAUGGAUGGACUAUCACGAUGGAUGAGAUUUGGUCUUCCGGAAAAAGAUUGAUAAUCGGAUACGAGAACAUGCAGAUUGUUCGGGAACACGCUAGCGUGUGGCCUUGCGUGCGGCAUCAAUGGGGCAACGUCAGGAGCAUCGAGGAUUUGUACAAACAUCUAGAUAAAAUUGAAACCAAUGACAGUGACUAUAGAUUAAGGCCAAGAGCAGCAAUGGCAGAAUUGACUGCGAAUUUCAUAGAUGUAAUUUACAAUCGACUGGGAAGCCUUCGUGAUAUGGCGCACAAAGUGAACGCUAAUGUCACUAAUUGGUACAGCACCGUUUGGCAGUAUUCCGCGAAUAUCGUGGCAGUGGAUUUCGUGAGGGGUACAAACAUCGUCGAGACCGCCAUUAAAUCUAAUGAAAAUCGUCACUUACACUGUCAAUAUCAUUAAUUUAGAUUGUGUUAAUUGUAUUAGAAGAAAGACGUUAGUUUCCUAAGUUGUAGACACUUUGAAUUAAUUGGUUCUGAAUAA